AUGACCAUAGCCACAGCUUGCAUGUUUCUUGCAGCAAAGGUUGAAGAAACUCCUCGCGCUUUAAGGGAUGUUAUACUCGUCUCAUACGAAAUCCUUCAUAAUAAGGAUCCGGAAGCAAUGAAGAGGAUUAAGCAAGUUGAAGCAGUUUAUAAAGAGGAAAAAGAGAAGCUUUUGGUUAGCGAGACAUUGGUUAUGGCAACUCUUGGAUUUGAUCUUCAUGUGAGGCAUCCAUAUAAAUACCUUGUGGAAGGAAUGAAGAAAUUGAAGAUUUCUCGGAAUGAGUUUGCUCAGGUUGCUUGGAAUUUAGUCAGCGACGGGCUUCAUACUUCUUUAUACUUACAAUUUGAGCCCCGAUUCAUUGCGGCAGCUUCCAUUUAUCUUGCUGCUAGGUUCCUCAAAGUGGAUUUCCCGUCUCAUUGGUGGAAGGAUUUCGAUGUGAGUCCAGCCCAAUUGGAGGAGAUUAGCGAUCAGAUGAUGGAACUUUAUGAGCAGAAUUCUGGGCAAAUACCGCAAUCUUCUCAGGCCAGUGAAGCAGAAUGCAGCAGUACCGCCGUACGAACUCCGCCACGGCUUCCUUCAAGAGGUCCUGGUAAUACUAAUGAAGAACGUUACAAGGAUGAUGAAAGAGGAUUGGGAAAUGGAGUUGAAUUUGGUGCUGAUUUCACAGUUAGCACUUCCGGAAAAAAAUCUGCAACAAAAAAGUCCAAGCCAAAUGCAGAAGGGAACAUCAUACUGAAUCCCAAUUUCGACGAUGGCCUCAACAAUUGGACUGGAAAAGGAUGCGAAAUUAUGCUACAUGACUCAAUGGAUGACGGCAAAAUCAUCCCAAAAGUUGGGAAGUUCUUCGUCUCGACGAUCGGAAGGACUGAUACGGGACACGGGAUACAGCAGGAGUUGACCGGGAGGGUACAGAGGAAGCUGGCGUACGAGGUUAACGCUCUGGUCCGAAUAUAUGGUAACAAUGUGAAAGAGGCUACUGUUCAAGUCACUUUGUGGCUUCAGGCUGCAGAUCUUACUGAACAGUACAUAGGUGUUGCAAGCGUGAGUGCUAACGACUCGGAUUGGGCACAAAUGCAAGGAAAGUUUCUGAUCAAUGGUUUCCCAUCAAGACUAGUAAUCUUUCUUGAAGGUCCGCUACCGGGCACUGAGAUUCUGCUGAAUAGCUUAACGGUCAAACAUGCUGCUAAAACACCUAGUUCAACUAAUCCACCCUCAUUUCAGGUAUCAGAUUAUGGGGUUAAUGUAGUUACAAAUAGUAACCUUAAUAAUGGUACAUAUGGUUGGUUUCCAAUUGGCUGCACACUUGGUGUUGGAAAUGGCUCACCAGUUAUAGUUCCUCCAAUGGCUGAACAAUCCCUUAGACCUCGUAAUCCUCAGCCUUUGAGUGGCCGUUACAUUAUCGCGACAAAUCGUACACAAACAUGGAUGGGUCCUGCUCAGGUGAUCACAGGCAAGAUCAAACUAUACAUGACAUAUCAAGUCUCUGCUUGGAUCCGAAUUGGCCCUAGAUCUGCACCGGUACCACAGCUAGUAAACGCCGUUGUUUUGGUCGAUGGUCAGUGGUUUAAUGGAGGAUACCUCGAUAUUAAGGAUGCUGAUACAUGGCAUGAAAUCGGGGGAUCUUUUAGAAUCGAAAAAGAACCUUCAAAUGUGAUGUUUUAUGUUCAGGGUCCUGAUGCAGGUGUAGAUCUAAUGGUUGCUGGACUACAGAUAUUUGGAGUUAACAGGCGUGCAAGGUUUAGCUUCUUAAAAGAACAAACCGAUAAGGUUAGAAAACGCGACGUGAUCUUGAAAGUAACAGGAUCGAAUCCAGGGGCGAAGAUCAAAGUUAAACAGAUACAAAACAGCUAUCCAUUUGGAGCAGCCGUGAGGAGAAGCAGCAUUGACAACGAAGAAUUUGUAGCAUUCUUUUUAAAGUAUUUCACCUGGGCUGUCUUCGAGAACGAAAUAAAAUGGUUCUACACAGAACCUCAACCAGGAAAACUAAACUACAAAGACGCCGACGAACUCCUCAGCUUUUGCACCAUCCACAACAUUCAAAUCCGCGGGCACUGCAUCUUCUGGGAAGAUCCGAAUUCACUCCAAUAUUGGGUUCGCGAAUUGAGCAACAACGACUUAAUGUCCGCUGUUCAGAACCGCCUAACAGGGCUCGUCACGCGGUACAAAGGGAAAUUCCAGCAUUACGAUGUGAACAACGAGAUGUUACAUGGUUCGUUUUUCAAAGAUCGAUUAGGCAACAGCAUCCGUGGACUCAUGUAUAAAGAAACAAAUCAAUUAGACCCGUUUCCAGCCCUGUUUGUGAAUGAUUUCCAUAUUGAAGACGGAGGCGAUUACUUAGCAUCCCCCGAAAAGUACAUAGAUCUCAUUCUUGAUCUUCAAAAACAGGGCGCCCCGGUUGAUGGAAUUGGACUUCAGGGACACAUUGAUUAUCCAGUGGGAUCAAUUUUUCGUUCUGCAUUGAACAAACUUGCGAUUCUGGGGCUUCCAAUUUGGAUAACAGAACUCGACGUUUCUUCGGAAAAUGAGUACAUCAGAGCUGAAGAUUUGGAAGUCAUGUUGAGGGAAGCUUUUGCUCAUCCAGCUGUGGAUGGAAUUUUGCUGUGGGGUUUCUGGGAAUUGCUCAUGAGCAGACCAAAUGCGUAUUUGGUCUACGCUGAGGGUGGUUUGAAUGCAGCUGGUAGAACAUUUGUUGCUCUGAGGGAGGAAUGGUUGACCAAUGCUAAUGGCAAGAUCGAUGGAAAUGGUCAAUUUUCCUUUAGAGGAUAUCAGGGAUCAUACCAGCUUGAGAUUUCUAGUGGCUUUCUGAACCCAUCAGACCCCGGAUAUCAUGGACAAAUCAUAAUGGGUCAGUUCGGCUCCUUGAAAUGGGGACAUGUCAUGCCCCUGAACUCCAUUGUCGACGAGUCAGUCAAGGUGAAUGAAGAAUUUGAUGGUGAUAUGGUCCUGGAAACUGAGGCUACGUCAUCAGAGGAAGAAAUGGAGUCGGCUACUGACAGCUCCACAGAGACCUUUGGCGAGAAUGGUAAUCCCUUGUUCCAAAAUGAUGAAACUGAGUUAAGUGUUGAUGAUGCUUUAAUGAUAGAUGCUUCACUGUCUGUUGACGAUUCAAGUAGUGUUGUGAAUGAACCGGCCUGUGUGUGUGAAUUUGUUGAAAUGGAAAACACUACUAUGAUAGUGAAUGAUGAUGUGGAUGAUGAUUCGAUAACUGAGUCUAUGGUCUUGAGUGAAAUUUAUGAUGCACCUAUGAAAAUUUCUUAUGCCUCGAAACUUGUUAAUUACCCUGUGCUUGAUGAAUUGUCAUUUCAUGUUGAUCCGGGAGGGUUAAAGUCUCAUACUGAUGCUAAAUUGUUACAAGAGAAUGAUAAAAAUAGAGAUUUGGCUGAAGAUAAUAUUCUCUGUGUUCAGUCGGUUAAUGCUUUUGGGAAUUGCGAUGAAAAGGGUGAAUAUGUGCUUUCCUAUGAUUUUGGGAACUCAUUUCAUGUUGAUCCGGGGGGAUUAGAAAAUCCUGAUUAUCAUGUUAGUUAUGGUGUUGAAUUACUUAUUGGUCUAAAUCAUUCCCAGAAUGUAAAAUUUUGUCCUAGCUCGUUCCACGUUGAUCCUGGUGGACUAGAACGUGCUAUAGUGGAUUAUGAACUGUUGUUAGAUGAAUUGAGUAGUUUGUCAGGCUCACUUAUAUGUGUUGAUAAUCAUACUGUGUAUAUGCCUGUUAUUGAGUUUGAUUUUGCAAGUAUGAAUGAGAAGGAGGGUGAAGUUGUGUUAGUUAAGAGAAACUCGAAUAGAGAUGCAUCUUUUGUUUCAUCUUACUUCCUUGAGGACAAGAAAGCUUUUAAGGGGAAGGGAAUUAGCCAUAAUCUUCCGCCGAGUUUCAAGAUUGAGAAUAUUAUGCAUAAUUGUACCUUCAACUUCCUUCGGCUCGAUUAUAAAUCUUUGGUUGAAAUUCAUGGCCUUGAUAGCUUAUUGGGUUGUUCUGUUUCAACAAGAAAGACAAGAUGGGUAAGGAACUUAACAAGGAUUGUUCAUUUUACUGCUUCUUCUGAUUUAUCGGCUGUUUAUUCUGGUUGCAACAAUGUGGUGGUUAGUAUCGAUGGGGUAAAUGAUAAUGAUCUGAAUGUUGCUGUUGUGAUUGGUCUGGUGCGUAGAGAAAUGUUGACUAGCUGGUUUGAGAAUGAAAAUGAUAUGAGUCAAAGCUUGUUAAUCAUUAUAGGUCAUCAAUAUUUGAGUGUACUGGGAAUUCUUAAGGUCCUUGUAUGGUUUCAAUAUGAUCUUCAGUUUGGAAAUGUGACUUAUUCUGCGAAAUUUGAAGAAAGGAGAAUCUCUUUAAAAGCCAAGCUCUUUGGUAUUGAAUGGUGUGCGAUUAGGUGUUACGGAUUACCAAAAAGCAGAUUCAAGGAAGUUCUUAUCAUCUGGUGGUGUCCUAAUACAAACGGAAAACUUAUUUUUGUAGUCUCCGUGUUAGAAAUGAUUUAUAACAGUUGGUCUUAUGAUUCUCUGAACUCCUUAUCUUGUACGGCUGCUGAACUUUUUGAAGUUAUUUCAGCUAAGGAGUUUGCUUCUAACAUGAGUUUUAUUGAUAUGGAACUUGCUGCUGAUAUGAUCUCCUGGCAUUGGGACUCAGAUCGUUGGGUAUUCAAUGAAAAUUCUUCGGAUUUUAUUCAGUCUGGGAGUUGUUCAAUUGUGUGAAGUCAAUUCCAUAAACUACAAAAAUCACAGAAAAUAGUGAAACUUUUGGGAAAUGGAAUUGAGCUGCCAAGUUUUACUACAGGUUUGGAAAUGUGUGGAAGUAUAACAGAGGAUCACAUUGGCAAUGUUGGUUCCUGGUGUGGGGUUUUCAAAGGGGACACACAUACUUUGGAAGAGCAGCUUGUUUCUGAUUUGUGGAAAUCUUUCGGCUGAUGGAGUUUCUUUCAUUCUGUGAUGGCAACAGCACCAACAUUGUUGCUGAAUAUCAGGAAAUGGAUGCUCAAAGUACACCCCCAGAUGGAAUGAUUAAUGUCUGGGAUCCAGGAAUAUUCGUCAUAGAAUUAGAGUGCACUGGAAUGGCCUUUAAAGCAAUGAUCAGGGAACAACCACGCUGGACUCGAGCUGCAACUGAUUUGAAGGAUGAUUAUUUAUUUUUGGAAAUGAAAGUUUUGGUUCUGACAGCAACGUUCCUUAGAUGUGGGAUGACUCUAUAUGAAGAAAAGAUGAAACCUGUGAUAUUCAUCAAUGAAUCAACUUUUGUCUGGAUGAUCGCUUGGUUCAUCUGUCCAUGGGAAGGCUCAAAUGGCUGCUGUCCUUCAAUUAUGGGAAAUGACAAGCAGUCGUCCAACUCUAAUGUCCCACAGCUUCCAUUUGUCUUCCUGUUUUGAGACCAAGUCCUUCAAGGAUUUCUCUUGUUUUUUUUUUGGUUUCUCUGGUUGCUAUCUUUUAAUUGUUGUGAAUUUUUAUUUUGUUUCAGACUGGAAGAAGUAGAAUUUUCCUGAGAUCACAGUCUUGGGGACAAGACUGUUUUUAAGGGGAAGGGCUUGUCAUGUCCCUGAACUCUAUUGUAAGAAAUAGAAACUUCAGGGACUAAAAUGUAAUUUUCAAAAAUAGGCAGAAUAUAAAUAGGUCAUAUGGGUCUGUAAUAGAAUUAUCAGAAUUAUUGUGCCUAAACUGAAUUUUUCAGUUUCUUCUUUCUUCUUUGAUCUCUACUUUCCCGAACCCUAAACCCGUAUGAAAUUCCCCUUUUCUGUCGUUCCGGCCACCUCUCCGGCCCCCGGU